CUUCUGCGUUCACGGGGCGCGGAACUACGCGACGAAGACCCUGGUCGGGGCUGAUGACGUCACCCCCAGAUUUUGGGGGUAAACGUACAAUUUUACCAUGGGUCGGGAGGUAAAGUAACAUGCUUGUCACUUUAGGAAAUUUCCAAAUAUUUUAUGUUUUGUUUUCAAUAAAAAGCUAUUUAUAUUGCGCCAAAAUAUGGAGUAAAAAAGUCGCAAGAGUUCACAGGAAAGCAUCAUGUAUUAUGUAUCGAGUCUCAUAUUGCAUACCAUGCGUCGAAUAAAGCUCGAAUUUCAAAGAGCACGCUCGAAACCGCUCAGUUUAAUCGAGUCGAUGGCUAGCAAAGACACGCCGAAAAAAUUUUACAAGAAACAAACCGAUUCGACUGGUAGUAUUUCUCGCUGUAGACUGUGUAACUCUGUUACUAACCCGAAACACUGCAGGAAUUUGUUUCGUUCUCAAAAUCAGGCGGUUCUACGCAACGCCGAGCGUAUUUAUGGUGGUAAAUUGCCACAAAACGAUAGCCUUCCUCACCUAAUUUGCGCGCCUUGUGAUCGGAGACUAACCAACGCGAUAAAGUUCAAGACCGUUAUCGAGGAAACUCAGCGCGUGUUACAAGAAUCUAUCCGAGCAAAACGUUGUGUUGAUGUAUCGCCUUCGGUCAAUAAACCGCCUGCUAAAGUUCAUUUAGUUGGAACUCCGCGACGUCGCAGCAUCGACUUUAACAUCAGCCAAGGUGAAUCAGAGUCGAGUCUCACUUCAUCGCCACCACCUUUAACUAGUGAUGAUCAAAUCUUAGCUGUGGCAAACAAAGAACUGAUUCAUGUUGCCAGAAGGAGUCAGCCAUCUGUCCUUAGACAAAGAGGCUUUGAUGGAAUGUCUGCAGACACCUGGAUGUCAGAGGUGCUAGGAGAGUUGUCAACAAGAUGUCCAACUGUGAACAACAUCCUAUGUACUCUGUUGGAAAGCUCCCUAUAUCCUGCAAAGAAGAAUCCUGCUAUCUGCCUUAUUUAUGGCAUUAUUAACUUCCUGCGGUGCCAUGAAUCAAGCAGAAUUCAACGCAUUAAUUCAGUUUUGCUAAUAGAAGGCCAGGCAUCUGUAAAUCUGAUUGCCUGUCUACAUAAAUAUGGAUUAUGCCUGGAGCCGAAAAUGAAAUACCCAAUUCUGGAAGACAUUGGCAAGCACUUCAUCGACCGAGCAGCAGAAUUAGUUAAAAGUGGACUUUCCUUUGUUUAUGUUUUGGACAAUAUUGAUUGGGAAGAGAAAGCCCAUGAUAUGAGGCAGGAUGUCCAAAACCGAAGUGUCCAUGCUGUGGCAACAAGUAUUGUGUUCAACCGGGUUCCUGAUAAGGGAUUGCUUGAUUCUGGUCCACAGCAAUUUCUGAAAGAUUGCGAUGUCCAUCAACUUGUGGAAAUCAAUCAACUAGAAUCUGAUGCAAUUCGGAACCGGUACAAAAUACUUGUUGCCAACAUUUUGUUUGAUCAGUUCCCUGCUUUUGCAAUGUUCAGAGACUAUAUACCUGCGAGAACUAACUGUGAGUAUGAAAAGGAGAUGGCAAGAAAGUCAGAAGUCUUAACAAUGCCUGUAGUGAUGAAAGACGAAAAAAAGUAUUCUGACUGUGUUGAUGUCUUGGAUCAACUUGAAAAGUGGACACACGAGAUCUAUGCAGCAGCUGGACUAUGUUCCCUAGACCCUGAUACAUUGGAAGAUGUUACUCCCACAAUUGGAACCACAUCCAGGCCUGACCAACCUGCUUCUCAUGUCCCACCAGUUCAUUCUAACAGCGAUCCAUUGCAUGGGGUGAAAAUCCCAUGUUUUGGUGAUCAACUCACAAGGACAAUUUUCAAAAAGCUGUACAAGAAUUCAGGAAGAGAAAGGGGAACACUUUGCUUUUUUAGAGAGAAGUUAUAUCGCAGAAAUGUGACGGUUGACGUUAAACACUAUGAGGACUGUGAGCAGCUGUUCUUCAGUGUUGGUAAGUGCUUUGUUAUCGAAGCCCUAUUGGAAUUUUUCCAAAUGGAUGAUGAUAAGUGCAAACCAACAGUGAACGGUCCUCAUAGUGUUUACGUCUUAGAAGAAAGCUACAUGAAGACAUAUAUCAAUGAGACUCUAGAAAAGUUUCUCAAUGAAUAUAUUUUCCAUGGGGAAAUUGAGGUGACCGAUGGUGUUUGGUGCUAUGGUGUCAACAUUCUUAAAUCUUUCAUGGUGCUUGCUGAUUUCAAGAAUGCUGUUUCCUCUGGCAAUGGUGAAUAUAUUUCAAUCCUUAGGAAGCAGCUGUUGACCCAUUUCUUUGCAACACCUGGAUUUAAUGAAUUUGCCAUUGAAAUGUUGAUCAACAUCUUCCAGGGUGAGGUGUUAUUGUCGGAAGCUGAGGCUCAUCGCUGCAAAUGGGCUGCCACAGUUAACUGGAGAGGUGGCAUUGGUCGCAACAUUGAGAUUGAUCUCUUUCAGGAGAAUAGAAACUGCGAGAUGAAGAAGUUGAUCAGGUCAAUGGGUGCCAACAAGACAGAGAGAGCAAUUGAGAGAGCAAGUAAAGCAUCUGGAGGUGUUGCGAAGAUUGUUGAAGCAUUUGAAGAGCAGGUGAAUAUUUCCAAAAAAUCAGGAUCCCACACCCACAAAUCAUCCACUGAGGAUGAGAAAGUUAUUAGUAGGGACUUGAGAGGCUUAAGGCCUUUUAAGGAAGAAGAUGGUCGAUCAUUUGAGAGCUUUGAUGGCAUCUCACAUGAUCCAACCCAUUCAUUGGAUGAAAUUAAAUUUAAGGAAUGGAUUGAUCGCCACAAGAAAAACAUUGCAAUGCACUAUCCAGUUGAACAAUCUAGUCAGGAUGAGUGA